AUGUCGUUUUGGUUUAGAGACAAGUCUUUAUAUGUUAUGGGCAUAUCCUUCUCCACCAAAGAACACACAAAGAGAAACAACAUGAGUAAUCAUCAAACUGUGCGUGAGAUACUUCUUCUCUUAUAUCUCACUUGUGAACUUAAAGACAAAGUGGUUCUUGUGACAGGAGCUUCCUCUGGUAUAGGAAGAGAGGUAUGUCUUGAUCUAGCCAAAGCUGGCUGUAAGAUUAUCGCAGCAGCUCGUCGUGUCGAUCGUCUCAAAUCUCUCUGCUCUGAAAUAAAUCGCUUCGAAUAUUCAGCUGGAAUUCAAGCUGAAGCUCUUGAGCUAGACGUUUCAUCAGACGCAGCCACCGUUCAAAAAGCGGUUAAGAAAGCUUGGGAAAUCUUCGGAAAGAUCGAUGCGUUGAUCAACAAUGCGGGAUUUAGAGGCAAUGUCAAGUCGAGUUUGGAUUUGUCAGAAGACGAGUGGGACAAAGUCUUCAAGACCAACUUAACCGGAACCUGGUUAGUCUCCAAAUACGUAUGCAUUUUAAUGCGCGAUGCUAAACGUGGUGGUGGCUCGGUGAUAAACAUUUCAUCAGUAUCCUGGCUCCACCGCGGUCAGGUGCCUGGUGGAGUCGCAUACGCUUGUUCUAAAGGCGGUGUUGACACCAUGACAAGGAUGAUGGCACUUGAGUUAGGUGUUUACAAGAUCAGAGUGAAUUCGAUCGCACCAGGGCUUUUAAAGUCAGAGAUCACACAAGGUCUUAUGCAAAAAGAGUGGCUCAAGACCGUUAUCGAGAGGACAGUCCCAUUAAAGGUACAACAGACAGUGGAUCCGGGGCUUACUUCUCUCCUACGCUACCUCGUUCACGACUCGUCUAAAUAUAUCUCCGGGAAUACAUACAUUGUCGAUGCUGGAGCUUCAUUGGUCGGUCUGCCCAUUUUUUCAUCUCUCUAA